AUGUCGUCCACUCGUAAGCGUACGAUCUUCGUCUCGUCCCGGAAGAGCCAAUUGGCCAUGGCACAGACCACGACUGUCAUUUGUAUGCUUGAAUCUCGCUUCUCGGAUAUUAAUUUUGUUGUAGGACAGGAGGACACAGUGGGGGACCAGGUACUGGAUCGUCAUUUAAGUGACUUGGGCACGUCCACUACCUCUGGUCUCUUUACCAAGAGCCUGGAAGAAGCAUUGCUGGCCAAAACUGCCAGCUUUGCUGUACAUUCACUCAAGGACAUGCCUACGACGCUACCGGACGGUCUUGUAUUGGCUGCCAUUACAAAGCGAGAGAGUCCAGAGGACGCAGCAAUCAUCCAUCCCAAGCACAAAGCCAAGGGUCUCAAGACACUUAAAGAGCUGCCCAAAGGAAGCGUCAUUGGCACGAGUUCAUUGAGACGUGAAGCUCUGGUGAGGAGCCAAUUUCCAAGCUUCAAGAUCAAGACACUGAGAGGGAAUAUCCAGACGAGACUAGCGAAAUUGGACAAGGCCGAUGACUAUGACGCAAUCAUUGUUGCGGCUUGUGGUUUCCGACGUGGAGAUUUAGGUGAACGGAUUGAUGAGAUUCUUCCAAUGGACACGUUUGGAUACGGUGUUGGACAAGGAAGUAUUGGUGUUGAAUGUCGCGCAGACGAUGAAGAGACGAUCAAGAUGCUCAAGACUAUUACGGAUGAAACAUCGGCACAGCUGUGUAUGGCUGAGCGUAGUCUGCUUUAUCACCUUGAAGGUGGAUGUCAGAUUGCAAUGGGAGUGAGUGCAACGCUUGAUGAUGACAUACUGACGUUAAACUCGACGGUUCUGUCUCGUGACGGCAAGGAGAGCGUCCACGAAAGUAUCUCCGGACCUCGUACGGAAGCUGAAGAGCUUGGGAAGAAGCUGGCAGAACGUUUCUGGGCCAACGAGCUGGCGCGAAAGGUGCUAGGCAAGACCCGCGAGAAACGUCCUCUAACGUAUGGUAAUGCAGAGGCUCCUGGUGAUGCUGCUGCUGCUGCUGCUAAAUCAAUCGUGAAGAAGGCCAAAACUUCUGAAUAG